AUGAACGCUUCUCCUGAACUGGGUGAAGACACCCCACGUCGCCUCCCCGUCCAACUCCCUCCCGUGACGAAGUACAACCCUGGAAAAGGAGCAGUACCUCGUGAUGCCGUAGUGCUCCGACAGCACCCUCCCCUCUACCUAGGCGACUACAGCGAAAGUAAAGGGUCCUACUAUUGGGAACGUCUCAAGCACACCAACCCCGAGGCUGAAAGACUCCGCCUGGAUCUCCACUAUGGUGAAGAGCGUAGUCCUCGUUGCGAGCUGUGUGAGAAGGAAGAUAGGGCGUGUAUGUCUACGCUUGGCAAGAAGUCAAAGACCACUGGUUGUGCUCGCUGUAUCCGUAAGCAUCGUCUGUGCUCUCAAGCCAAUGGUGGAAAGAAUGGCGCCAGCAAUGUCCGCAAGAAUCUGGAUGAUACGUACCGGCCCAACAGCGGGGCAACAAAACGCGCACUCGACAGAACGGACAACAGAGAAGCCACGGAACCUCCUGCUAAGCGUACCAGAGCAUCCAUGAGUGGAAAAGCAUUCGAACCGUUCGAACUAGUGUUCGUUCGCGACGCUGACGAAACAUACCACACGCCUAGGGAAUCUAGAGGAGAGUCGGUUUACACACUGGACUCUAACCUUCAAGGCAGUGCGGACAGCUAUAGAGCCUCUCCGGAUCUCAGACAAGCCGAGGACCACUGGACGUUGGCAGAUGUAGACGGUCAUGCAGACUUCGUUCCUCCAAACAGCAGCAUGACCAGAACCGAGCAGCCAGCGAGUCCGGCAGCAGGUUCUAUUCCAGGGGAUCCGUAUCAGAUGAACGAUCGCUCAACAGAGACCCAGUCGAGCCUGACCAACGGGCCCAGUGGCACCAGCUUCGGAGAUCUGAGCAGAUACUUCUCCAACCACGAGAAAAUCGUCCUUGACCUUCAGUCGGCAAACGCAACCCUCACAGAGCGUGUUGGCCAACUGGAACUCUCACGCAACUCCUGGCAAGAGAUACAGCCCAGACUGUUGGCCUUGGAAUUCAUGUCGACCCCAAACCAGCAGGACACGCAACAGGAAUCAUAUCCAAACGCCAUGGAAACGCUGAAGUCGCGCAUCUUGAAACUCGAAAAGGUCAACGCUGGUCUGGGAGACAGUGGUGUCAAAGAGCAGAUCAGACGCCUCGAGGGGUUGAUGGAAGGGGAGAGACGCGAGCGACGCACACAAGUGGACAAACUCCAGAAGAACAUCAAGAGGGUUGCGAACGAUGUUGCUGUGCUUGAAAGCGAGAAUGAGGGACUCAGAGAGAGGCUCAACAAGCUCACGGGACAGGUCAGGAAUCUUACAGAUGAGCUAGGUCUGCUUCCCCUCGAGGAUGUUCUGCCUUCUUAG